AUGAAAACGACCAUUACUGACUGGUUCCUGUUCUCGCGCGGAGUCUCCAGCAUGCGGUCGUCGGCAACCAUAAAGGUGGUGUAUAGAAUCAAAUGGGACCCAUUCCAGUUUUUCCAAAGCCAGGGGUACAAUGAGGAGCCGGCCGAUGCAAUCGUGGGCGUUAUUACAUUGACUGGGUCUGCUGAAAAAUCACAGGCUCUGACCUGUUCGCAGUACAUGCGUCAGACGUGGCCAUCAUCUGGACCGCAAGUCUUGCAGUUAACCCAAGAUACGCUCCGGCUUAAACCCAACCAUGAGCAUUCCUGUACACUAUCGGAUGGAACUAGACUAUAUUCUUGUAUUCAUUCGUCGUCAGACUCGCAGGCAUCAUACUACACCGUGACAGCAAUGGGUCCUUUUGAAUCAGUGGUGGAAAUAGGUCAACAGUAUGCAUGGCUUAGCGCUGCUCUUCAUCCAUCUCCAUUUGAAAGCGGGUUGGCAUUUAGUCGGGCGUUUAUCAAGAACAUCGGCCAAACUGAGUAUGACACUUUCCCCAUCACGGAAUCAAUGCUACCAGGAGACACCCUUUGCGAGAUGGACAUUGGGAUAUACAAAGGGGUUCAGAAUCCGGCAAUACCCAAUGGAAAAUGCUGGUACAAUCUGUUUCGGAACCCGGUGGUCGCAGAGGGAUUUCCCAUCUCCAAACGACAGCCCAUCCACGAUGGCCUUGAGAUACCACUCCACAUGAUGGCAGUGCUUCUACAGACCAGGCAGGCUGAGGACUUCUCUGGCAGGGUGGUGCUCAAAGGAUUCUCGCAAAUGCUGAUUCAAGCUGAAUGCCAUCAGGAUGUAGUACUGUGGCAUUCGAUCUGCAAUGAAGCUGGAAAUCGCAUAUCAUAUGCCGACAGCACAUCGUUUGCCAGGGUAGAUAGCGGUGUCUUUGAACUUGGAACAGCUCGCCAUAUCAUCGGCUGGUGCUCCGAUGUGAAGGUGAUGGCUGGUGCGAGGGAUGCCAAGUAUGACUUCGCAAACUCUCGACUUCCCCGAGCAACUGAAAACUGCAUGCUCAGAGAUAUUUCAUUAAGCGGUGGGCGGAUAAUCAGUGGUGGAGAGAAGGUAAACAUCGGCUACAAAGACACCCCAGCUCAUGCUGUCCGCAAUGGCUAUAUCCAACGGCUUAAAUGGGUCUCAAAAAGGCUUCUCGUGCUGUGGGAUGAGGAGGAUAAACGAGGAUGGUUGAUAAAUGGUAUGACUGCUCUGCUCCAUUUGGUACGCGCGUCUUUGAACCAGGACAGUCAAGACGAAUUCAGCUCUGCGUUUAUGCUUGAUAUGGCAGAAAUACGUGAGUCAGCACGGCCUUACAAGUCUCAAUCAGCCGCUGCUGUUCUCAUCAACAAAGAAAACAUGGGGUUGAAGAUAUAUCCGGAUGGCAGCGACAGCAUUGUACUUGGAGACCGAGUGCAGCACCUCCACGGACUGUUAGAAAAGAUCAUUGAUUAUCAACUAUGGGCUUCUCAACACGAAUGGACUUCUAUUGAGUCAGUCUUUCCCCACCAUCUCGAAGGCUGGGAUGCAAAAGACCUUAUAUCAGAUCGGGAUCCCAUUUAUCCUCGAGAGGCAAUGCUCCGUGAGGGGGGAGAGCCUUGGGCAGGAUUUGCCCGAUCUGUAAAUGCCGUGACGCUGUUCGGACGUGGAUUUGGUGAUAUCAUGCAACCAUCCAGUAGUGCAUUUUGUCCCGAAUGGAUCAAAGUGCCAAAAGGAAUGUACUACCUCGCAGCUCCAGUCUCCGACCUCAUAGAAGUGAUGGAGGCAUAUGGGGAUUCGCAUUCAAUCCCGAUCAAACUAACAGGCGCGAUAAACUGGCACAAUUCAGCAAAUGCCCUUGGCAUGUGUCCAUGUUUGAAGGGAGACCUAGUUCAUACCCACCCUGUUCAAGUACUUGCUCCAUCAGAUAUGGACGUACAACCAGUCGACGAUAAGCCAACUCCACUGGUAGCGGAUGGUGCCGUGAUAUUUGGUUACAAUGAGACGUUCCAGCUAUCGGUCGAGGUGGAUAGAUCUCACCGGCAAGGCAAGCCACUAAACAGAAUCAUGUCACUAGCAGACAGCGGAAUUGGAGAAAGCCUGGGAUCAUCAAUGGGGACGAGGAGCAGGGAGAGCUCGACUCGAGGCGACUCCGCAAACACAUUUUCUCCAGUCCGAGUGCCUGCACCUCCAUCAUCCAGCUCAGGGAGUCCCAUAUCGGAAUGUGACUUGGUAACAGCAAAGGAUUAUAAUGUUGGUAUUGUGUGUGCAUUGCCAAUUGAACUUCGUGCAGUGCGUGCCCUGUUCGACGCCAGGGGACCUGACUUGGAGAUUCCCGAUAGUGACCCCAAUCACUAUGCUCUGGGCUGUAUAGGAAAACAUCGUGUCGCCGCUGCCUGUCUUCCUGACGGAGGAUAUGGAACAAACUCCGCAGCAGAUGUAGCUUCCAAUAUGAGAAGAAGCUUUCCUGCUCUUGAAUUCUGUCUGAUGGUUGGCAUAGGGGGUGGCGUCUACUCUGAAAGACAUGAUAUUCGGCUUGGUGAUGUGGUUAUCAGUAAACCAACUCAUACUAAUUCAGGUGUCUUACAAUAUGAUAUGGGAAAGACUCUACAGUACGGUGACUUUCAGCUGAAUGGAUCUUUAUGUCCACCCCCAAGACGCCUCAUGACAGCCAUCAGUGAGCUGAGAUCAGACCCUGGGUUACCUGACUAUCCUCUUGAGGGGUACCUGGAUACCAUCUGUAUUGCCAAGGGGCAACAUCGAUAUCCUGGAUUCGCACAGGAUAAACUGUUCUCCUCUGACUAUGCCCAUGAUUCGACAGGAGGCUGUGAUAAGUGUGAUCCAGCAUAUCUCAUACACAGGGAUCUCCGAGAAUCAUCCCAUCCUUACUUCCAUUACGGUCUAAUUGCAUCGGGAAAUCAGGUCAUGAAGGAUUCAAAAACGAGGGAUGAGCUGGGGAAGAAGCAUGAUAUUCUUUGUUUUGAGAUGGAAGCAGCAGGUAUUAUGAAUACCAUGCCUUGUCUAGUUAUCCGUGGUAUCUGUGACUAUGCCGAUUCACACAAGACAAAGGAAUGGCAGGGAUAUGCUGCGGCCACUGCUGCUGCAUUUGCCAAACUACUACUGACUCGAGUGAGAAGUGUCAAUUCAUAA